GGUCCCCAGUGCAUUACAUGGGUGCAUGCAGGGGAUGGCGUGUACCAGCGCGGGAUGGAUUUCAUCCUGGACAAGCUCAACCAGGGGGACUGGGUGCACGUCUUCCCCGAAGGCAAAGUGAACAUGGGGCAGGAGUUCGUGCGCUUCAAGUGGGGCAUCGGGCGUCUCCUGGCCGAGUGCCGCCUCGACCCUGUCGUCCUGCCCCUGUGGCAUGGGGGCAUGAACGACGUCCUCCCCAACACCCGCCCCUACGUGCCCCGUGUGGGGCAGCGGAUCACAGUGGUUGUGGGGCGACCGUUCAGCGUCCGGCCUCUCCUGGAGCGGCUCCGGGCUGAGGGCACCUCAACGGUGGAGAUAAGGAAAGCACUGACGGAUUUUGUGCAGAAGGAGUUUGAGGCACUGCGGGGCCAGGCCCGGGCGCUCCAUCGCGCCCCAUAGCCUGUGGUGUGCCCCACGGAGGAACAGAUGGGUCUGCCCCACACACAGGGGGCUGUGCCCCACAGGAUGACAGCCCCACAGCCUCGCAGAUGGACAGACUGCCCCAUGGCUCCCGCGGCACCAUGGGGCACAGGUGAAGGACAGACUGAUGGACGGGCAUCCUGCCCCAUAGUGUGCCCCACACCCACUGCCUGUGCACGGUGCCAAUAAAGGGGGUGAAGCCUCA